AAUGUUUUGACAGUUCACAUAUAACCAUAAGUUGUUUUACAGCUGUCAAAAAGCAAUAAUGGAGUUUAUAUCAUGCAUACAUGUUUAUUUUAGGCGUUUUCUACGUUAACGUAAUGGAUUAGCAAUUAAAAUAUGGGUGCGAAUAUUUCCCAACUGGAACGAGAUAUAGGUUCUGAACAGUUCCCGUCAAACGAACAUUACUUUGGACUAGUAAACUUUGGAAAUACGUGUUACAGUAACUCCGUACUCCAAGCACUGUAUUUUUGUAAACCUUUCCGUGAUAAAGUAUUGGAAUAUAAGGCUAAGAAUAAACGAACGAAAGAAACUCUACUGACAUGUCUUGCCGACUUGUUUUACAGUAUUGCAACGCAAAAAAAGAAAGUAGGGUCUAUUGCACCAAAAAAAUUUAUAGCAAGGCUACGAAAAGAAAAGGAAGAAUUUGAUAAUUACAUGCAACAGGAUGCCCACGAAUUUUUAAAUUUUUUAAUCAAUCAUAUUAGUGAAAUUAUAUUAGCCGAAAGACAACAGAAUUCAUCAACAAACAAUAUUAAAAGUAAAAAUCCGGGAGAGAAUGGCACGAUACAUAUUAUGCCUAACGAACCGACGUGGGUUCACGAAAUCUUCCAGGGUAUACUUACAAGUGAAACGCGUUGUUUAAAUUGUGAAACGAUAAGUAGUAAAGAUGAAGACUUUUUUGAUUUACAAGUAGAUAUCGAACAAAAUACAAGUAUAACGCAUUGUCUUCGGUGUUUUAGUAACACAGAAACGUUAUGUAGCGAUAAUAAGUUUAAAUGUGAUAAUUGUAGUAGUUACCAGGAGGCGCAGAAAAGAAUGAGGGUAAAGAAAUUGCCUAUGAUUCUUGCGCUACAUCUGAAACGAUUUAAGUAUAUGGAACAGUACAACAGGCAUAUUAAAGUAUCCCACAGGGUUGUUUUCCCCUUAGAGUUACGACUAUUUAAUACGUCUGAUGAUGCAGUAAAUCCAGAUAGAUUGUACGACUUAGUAGCGGUAGUAAUCCAUUGUGGUAGCGGACCUAACCGUGGCCAUUACAUCAGUAUUGUGAAAAGUCAUGGGUUUUGGUUGCUGUUUGAUGAUGACCAAGUUGAUAAAAUAGAUGCGUCUACAAUUGAAGAUUUUUAUGGCCUCACGUCAGACACACAAAAGUCCUCUGAAACUGGUUAUAUCCUAUUUUACCAAUCACGAGAAAGUUUAUGAGCAGAACUUUCAAGAUUACAUUGGUAAGGACAAGAGCACCGGUUCGUUCUAAAGGACCGUAAAUGGAAGUCCCAAACAUACAACAGGACAUUAUUCGGAUGUUAUAAUGAUUGUAGAUCCGAUUUGCGAGUAUUAAUCUUUUUGUUGUCCAUUCAAAAAAUUAACAAAAUGUUACCUAUAACUAAUGUAAAUAUGUAAAAUUUUAUUAUAAAAAUUUUCAGUUUAUAGUCUUCUACAUACGGAAAUGUUCAGCGAUAGUUUCGAAAGCGAACACAAUUGCUUAUAUUUGUAGUAAUUAUGGGUACUUUUACAAGCACUCUGAUAUAUUUAUAGCGAUUGUUUCAGUUAUACAAAUAAUGCAUUUUUUUCUUAGAAACAUUGUGAAGUAUGUUGGACUUAAA